GGUUGCUUUCUGUUAAUACUGGGUAAGAAUUAUUUAGUUAACUAUUUAUGUUAUCAAUAUAUUUGACUUACAUAUAAUAUCUUACUUUGGUGGUCAACAGAGACCAUUGGAUGCUAGCAAUUAUUGAUGUAUUGCGUGAAACAUGUUAUUGGCUUGACUCAAUUGGAUUACCCCCGCCUAAUAAAAUUAAAUCUCUAAUGGCAAUGACUUUUGAUUACUACAAUGCUUCCAGUAAUAGGCAGCCAAAAAAGUCUGGCAUUACAUGGAAAUCUAUAAAAUGUCCUCAACAAAUAUCGGAUUUUGAGUGUGGAUAUUAUGUAAUGAGAUACAUGCGUGAAUUUUGCAUGAAUUCUAGACCUAUCAAUUGGCUAACCACUCAAUGGAAUGGGAAAAAAACUUAUACAAAACAAGAAAUUGAUGAAAUUCGUUUGGAAUGGGCUGACCAAUUUUUAGAAGAAAUUACAGAAGAUGGAGUGCUUUUAAUUGAGUGA